UUUUAUGUAAAGGAAUUGGUUUUAUCAAGCAGCGCAACCUCGUACUUAGUAUAGGACCUUUUGAAUUUGACUUUGAGUAUGUUGACCGUGAUUGUCUAUCUGCUUCUAAUAACACCUUUUGUAACGUCAUCCAUCCAUCAAGCAGAAGUGGUACAGACGCAAUCAGGUUUGAUACAAGGCAUAAUCCAGUCUUCCAGUUUAAAUGGAGUCAGUGUCCAAAAAUUUCUUAAUAUCCCGUAUGCCGAAGCUCCUAUUGGUGAACUAAGAUUUGAAAAACCUCGACCAAGAACACCCUGGAACGGGACCUUAAACAGCACUGAACAAAUAAUCGCGUGCAUUCAACCAAAUCAACUUGGUCUGACCAUCACAGAAGACUGUUUAGUCCUCAAUGUAUGGACGCCAUUUCCUCGUCCAAAAAAUGCGAGUGUUAUGGUUUGGAUACACGGUGGAGCAUUCCGUUUUGGGAACUCCGGCGAGACCCAAGGUCCAAAUAUGGUGGCUGUUGGUAAUGUCAUACUAGUCGCUAUCAAUUAUCGGCUCACAGCUCUAGGAUUUCUUUCAACUGGGGACGACAGGAUUAAAGGUAAUUUCGGUCUUUAUGACCAACGUUUGGCGAUCAAAUGGGUUAAAGAUAACAUCGCUAGUUUUGGCGGGAAUCCUAAUUCGAUCACAUUAUUUGGCGAAAGUGCGGGGGGUGUAAGCGUAUCGGCGCAUACCUUGUCUAAAGAAAGCUGGAAGUAUUUCGAUAAAGCAAUCUUGCAAAGCGGAAGCAUGCUUAUGCCGUGGGCUAUUACGACUGAUGCCCAGAUUAAAGAUGGGUUAAAAUGGUUCCUGGAGAAAGCCAAGUGUAAUAAUGAUGAUAAAAUACUCACGUGUCUUCGAAACGUGAGUGAAAGUAAAUGGAAGAAGAUUUUGGAUAGCGAUGGUUUCUAUGAGAUAUGGACCGGUCCUGUGAUUGAUAAAGAAUUCAUAUCCGAUCAUCCCCAAAAAUUAUGGGCGAAAGGGGAAGUUAAAAAUCAAAGUAUUAUCAUCGGAAUUACUAAGGAUGAGUGGUUUUAUAUGGAACAAAAGCUUUUGAAACAAUCGAAGAACAUUAGCAAAUAUUUAGAAUAUUUCGAGACAAAAUUGGAAGAACAUUUCAAAAAUUCGUCUAAGGCGGUGUACGACAAAGCGAGGGAACUUUACCAGCCGAAGUGUAUUCCUUCUCACCUGGAGGCUUUGAAGCCGAGCGUAGCAUUUGGAUCGGAUAGUUUGUUCAUCUGUGAUAGCAGACGCGAGGCUAAAAUGAGAGCCACACUGAUGAAAUCUAAAGAUGUGUAUGUUUUUCAGUACUCGCAUACGCCGUUGGUACAAUACAUACCUAACUGGUACCCUUAUGGGGUGUACGGAUUUUCAGCACAUGGUCUUGAUAUUGUGUCAGUAUUUGGUGCACCGAUUAAUAAUACGAAAUUCCGACCUGACGAUCAAACGCUAUCUAUGAGAAUGAUAUUGUACUGGACGAAUUUCGCUAAAACUGGAGAUCCAAACACUAGCACAAGAAAAUUGCCAUUCGUAGUAGACAACGUUGACAGCUUACCAGCAUGGCCUCGGUAUAACGAAGGGAAGGAAGAAUAUUUAGACAUGGAAAGCUUUUCUCAGAUGACCGUCCGAGCAAAAUUGCGCGAAAUGCAUUGUGAUUUUCUUAUGGAUCCGAAAGGAUUUCUUGAACCACAAAUAACAAAUGAUUCUAGAAAAUAUUCCCUUGCAGUUCCUGCCUUGUUUAUAAUUAUUCAAUUAACCCUGUUUUUUGCCUAA